AUGGCCUUAUGGGCCAACGACGGUGUGGCCAGCCAAUCCCUGGGAGCACUGCUGCCUGUGGAUCAGGUGAACAAGGUGAGCAAAUGCGUCGAGCAAUCCCUGGAGGUGCGUACUUGUCCCCACCUCCCCCCCCCCACCCCCACGCAUGCUUUCUAUCCCCAGGGGGAGCCUUUACCCCCCGCCCCACAUGAUGCCUGGCGUCUGCGGGGUGUGAUCUCCACUCCUGUCAUCAGGACCUUCGGUCGAGGAGCCAAAUUCCCCCUCAGAGGCUUCAAGAGCCAGGGAACAUACCAGGUGGGACACGGGACAUACCAGGUGGGACACGGGACAUACCAGAGUAAGCCUACCUACUCCUUAGCCAGUGAGGUGAAGGAGAGGAAGAAGUUGCAGACUGAGGAGAAGGAGAAAUCUCCCGUUAUGCUGUCUUCCGACGGGUCCACUACAGAGAACGGACUGGAGCAGAGAGAGGAGGGACUGGAGCAGAGAGAGGAGGGGGGACUGGAGGAGAGGGAGGAGGAGAGGAGGGAGGAGGGGGAAGUGGAGGAGAGUGAGGUAGAGCAGCUGAAAGAUCAGGUCAUGGAGGUGAGAGAAAGCAGGGCUGUGAAUAUCCAACCAGAAAGUGCCUUUAGCAGCGACUCCAAGAUGUGCAAUACUAACCCCCGCCUAAAUGCACUAAACACAGACAGCGCCUGUCUCAGAGACGCAGCAGAACCUCUGAGUGCAGCCGCCUCUGUCUUACAAACAGAAGAGUAAAAAAGAAACGAUGUUUUUGUAGAGAGGGUGAAGAACGAGUGAGAGGAUGUAAGGAAGCCUACAGUCGCUGUUCCAUAUUGUAUGCAUUCCAAACAGCUCCCUAUAUAGUGCAGUAGUUUUGACCAGAGGCCCCCCCCCCCCCCCCCCCAGGGUUAUACUUCCCAUAGGCCUCUGGUCGAAAGUAGUGCACUACAUGGGCAAUAAGGUGCCAUUUGGAAUACAUUUAUCUUUUCCCCUCUGUAGAGAACAUGAGAAAAUUAAAUUCAGACCCCCUUUUUCGAUGAUGUCAACCGGAUUAAAAAACCCAGAAUGAGGAUAAUUUCUCCUUUUUUAACAAGAGAUCUGAGCAGACCAGUACUAAACAGAAUAAAUACUAUUAGCUAUAGAGGACUGGGCCAGUCAGUCCACUCCACUGUCUCUCCGCUGAUAUCGACAUGAUACGACCGUGAUACGACCAUGGUUCGUGUCCCAAAUGUGACAUCCUAUUCCCUAUAUAGUGCACUUCUUUUGACCAGGACCCAUUAGGGUUGACAAUUGGACUCUGGUCAAAAGUAGUGCACUAUGUAGGGAAUAGGAUGCCAGUCUCAGACUGGUAAAAGAGAACGGUACUUUUACCCUUAUUCUUAAGAUAAUACUGAAGCCGAAAAUACAACGCUUUUGUCUCCUGUUAGUUCCUUAUAGGUUAAGAUGCUCCUCCAGUAUAUACUUGGCACCAUAUAUUUGCCAUUGUAACUUUGUUGUUUUGAGAGUUUUAACAACAGAGAAGCAGAUGGAGUCACAGGAUGCUUCCCAAAUGGCACCCUAGUCCGUAUAUAGUGCACUACUUUUGACAUGGAUAGAUGAAAAUUGAUUUAUUGGAUCAUUUAAAAACACAAACACACGUGGAUAAUGCAUUUAAAAACACACGUGGAUAAUGCAUUUAAAAACACACGUGGAUAAUGCAUUUAAAAACACACGUGGAUAAUGCAUUUAAAAACACACGUGGAUAAUGCAUUUAAAAACACACGUGGAUAAUGCAUUUUAAAACACACGUGGAUAAUGCAUUUAAAAACACAACCACACGUGGAUAAUGCAUUUAAAAAAUCAUGAAAACGUAUUUCCAUUUUGGUCCCCUUUUUAAAUAAAUAUAACAAGUAUUUAAAAAAAUACAACUAGGUUACAAUAGUAGCUACUAGCUAAAUCAGUCUGAUUAGAUCAGCUAAAUUAGUGUGUUUUUAUUUAUUUUAUAUUAUUUAACUUCGAUCAAGUCUGAGUUCUUCUUGAAGCUUCCAGCAGAUGGUCGUGAGGAUCUGUAUGUUCAUAGCUGUACGGUAGAUGGUGAUGACUGGUCAGAGGAGGGAGGCGGUGAUGACUGGUCAGAGGAGGGAGGCGGUGAUGACUGGUCAGAGGAGGGAGGUGGUGAUGACUGGUCAGAGGAGGGAGGUGGUGAUGACUGGUCAGAGGAGGGAGGCGGUGAUGACUGGUCAGAGGAGGGAG